AUGGCACUUUCCAAGUCUCUCUUCGUUAUUUGCUUACUGUUUACUGUCUCCUCCGCCGCCGCACAACCGCCAUGCAUGACCCGUAUCUUCUCCAACAAGAAAACCUUCGCCGCAUGCAGUACUCUGCCCGUUUUGAACUCGACGAUCCACUGGAAUUACUAUCCGUUGACAGCCACGGUUGACAUUGCAUUCACACAAUCUGUGGUGAGUGACUCGAGAUGGGUUGCAUGGGCCAUAAACCCUACAUCUACUGGCAUGGUCGGUUCACAAGCCAUUGUCGCUUACAAAAGAACCGAUGGAACUAUGACGGUUUAUUCUUCACCAAUUAAAAGUUACGGUACUCAUUUAGAACAAGGGAAUGUAAGCUUCCCUUUGUACGACGUCUCCGCGGUUUAUGAGAACAACGAAUUCAUCAUCUUUGCGACCAUAGGCCUUCCGAACAAUGUCAGCGUUGUGCACCACGUCUGGCAGCAAGGACCCAUGUUCGGGAACACCCCCGGAAUGCACUCGCUUUCUGGACCCAAUGUGCAAUCUUUUGGAACCUUAGAUUUUCUUUCCGGGAAAACUGAAACAAGCAAGGGAAGUACUUCAACGUCCGCCUUAAAAUAUGCGCAUGGAAUUAUCAAUACCAUCAGUUGGGGCAUACUUAUGCCCAUUGGCAUAAUCGUGGCAAGGUAUCUCAAGACGGUUGAAGGGGCCGAUCCGGCAUGGUUUCAUGCUCAUAGAGGAUGCCAAAUGCUGGCUUUUCUUGGAGGGAUUGCAGGGUGGGGAACUGGAAUUUUUCUUGGCUCAAAAUCUCCAGGGAUUCAGUACAAAGGGCAUAAAUGCAUCGGCAUCACUCUGUUUGUCCUUGCUACGAUUCAAGUAGCGGUAGCUCUUUGUUUGAGGCCGAAGAAGACAGACGAGAAUAGGAAAUAUUGGAACUGGUUUCAUUGGGUUGUGGGGUAUGGAACAAUCGUCCUAAGCAUCACCAAUAUUUUCAAAGGAUUUGACAUAUUGGAGCCGGCCAACAAGUGGAAAUUUGCUUACAUUGCCAUCAUCGGCACUUUGGGAUGCAUCGCUGCAAUCCUAGAGGUACGAAAACUAGGCUCUUUCCUUUCGAGGUUUAGAAGCAGUCGAGCUGCAGGGCCAGAAAUCGUCGAGAGUACUCAAACAAUAGUUUAA